AUGUUCGCUGAUAUUGUUUAUAAAACUGGCCAUGAAUACGUUCAAACCUAUCAAGACAUUCAAGUGGGGUUUCUAGUAUCCAUUCCCUGUCUAAUUGGUUUCAUUAUGGCGAUUAUUGGGAUUCGUGGAUGUUAUAAGAUUCCAUCGUUGAAUUCUCCCUUCGGAUAUUUGAUUCGAUGCCAAUUAUGUUCACAGAUUGUUGCGUCAUCGAAUAGUGGAUUGUUUUAUUUUUUCGGUGUUUUGUUGUAAGUUUUUUUUUGUUUUCACAUAUGAAUCAUGAUAAUUAAUUUACAAUUAAAGAGAUUUCAAAUUCAUCAUUAACAAUUCCCAAAUCUCCGGCCUCCUUGCAACAACAUUGAUUCCCUUAAUCAUGGGCUUACAUUUCCUGAUCUCAAUCAAUCGAUUUCUCGCCAUAUCUCUCCCACUCUACUACAAUGUAAUCUUCAAAGUCCAAUGUCGACGAUUCUAUGUCUCUGUAUGUUGUAUUGUACCAAUCAUCUAUACACCACUUUUCACUUGGUAUUGUGAGUUUGAAACACGUCUUGAAAUUAUGUACAUAAUUUUCAUUUUUUAGAUGACUGUGGUUAUAAGUUCUACCAUUAUGGUUGGGUAUUCUCAUUUAUCAUCUCUGACACUUGCGGUACAAAAUUCGAAGUUUUACUUCGUGGAGUUCAAAGUGUAAUGACUAAUUUGAUAUUGCUUCUUGAUUUCGGAACAUUUCUGAUGUUGGUGUGCUUUGGGGUAAGGAGUAUGGCUGACUUGCGUCUUAUACCAACAUUUUUCUAGAAACGUGUUCUCAAAACCAAAAGUGCAGAGGUCCGUAAACGCGAGGUCAAUUUCGGUCAACAAGUCGUUAUUCAAGGAAUCGUAUCUGUGAUUUAUGGUGUGUUCUACAGUUUCGCCUAUAAGUGGAUACCCGGAGAUACUCCUGAAACGUGGAAAAUCUUUUGGACAUCUUCGUUUAUCGCAAAUCUGCUUCACAUUUUCAGCACGUAUGAGUUUUUUUCUUUUUCAAAGAAUAUGAAACAUGAUUUUGCAGAGGAGUCAUUUUCGUCUUCAACACUGAGUUUUCCAAAUGGUUGCGAGGUGGAGACCGGAAACAAAGUUCACCAAUUAGCGUGAUUACAACAGUUGUGUAG